AUGGUUCUUCUCAGAUUGUCGUUGCUCCUGCCCCUCUCCCCCUCCCUACAUCCUCUGAUCUCCCUCGGCCGAGCCCACAGGAGCAGCCUGGAGUCCUCGCAGCAUCCCAUGGGCCUCUUGCAAAUGAAGCCCAUCGUCGUCGAGCGUCCCAUCUCUCCACCAGUGGAGCCCAUCGUGGUUGAUCCACCGAUCUCUCCACCAGUGAAGCCCAUUGUGGUUGAGCUGCCCAUCUCUUCACCAUUGAAACCCAUCAUGGUUGAGCUGCCCAUUUCUCCACCAGUGAAGUUCAGCGUAUUGGAGCUGCCGAUCUCUCCACCAGUGAAGCCCAUCGUGGUUGAGCUGCCCAUCUCUCCACCAGUGGAGCCCAUCGAGGUUGAGCUUCCCAUCUCUCCACCAGUGAAGCCCAUUGUGGUUGAGCUGCUUAUCGCUCCAGUGGAAGCUGAGUCGCUUCAGAGAUUUGAAGUAGGCUACUCACUCCGGAAAAAUAAGCCACUGAACGGUCUGACACAGCGACAUAGAAAAAGAGAGAAAGACAUGGAAACUUCAGUUCCACAGGCCAGAACUACGCAGCCUCCUCCUGCCCUAUCGGAUUACUUCCCUCCACCUACACCAAGGAGAUGCCAAAGGGCCCAGGAUUUCUUCCCUCCACCUCCAGUGGAGCCUAUUGUAGCUGAGCUGCCCAUCUCUCCACCAGUGAAACCUAUAAUGGUGGACCUGUCCAUCUCUACACCAGUGAAGCCCAUCAUGGUUGAGCUGCACACCUCUCCACCAGUGAAGCCCAUCGAGGUUGAGCUGCCCAUCUCUCCACCAGUGAAGCCCAUCAUGGUUGAGCUGCCCAUCUCUCCACCAGUGGAGCCCAUUUUGGUUGAGCUGCCCAUCUCUCCACCAGUGGAGCACAUUUUGGUUGAGCUGCCCACCUCUCCACCAGUGAAGCCCAUUGUGGUUGAGCUGCCCACCUCUCCACCAGUGAAGCCCAUUGUGGUUUAGCCACCGAUCUCUCCACCAGUGAAGCCCAUUGUGGUUGAGCUGCCCAUCUCUCCACCAGUGGAGCCCAUCGUGGUUGAGCUGCCCAUCUCUCCACCAGUGAAACCUAUAAUGGUGGACCUGUCCAUCUCUCCACCAGUGAAGACCAUAAUGGUUGAGCUGCCAAUCUCUCCACCAGUGAAGCCCAUAAUGGUUGAGCUGCCCACCUCUCAACCAGUGAAGCCCGUCGUGGUUGAACGGCCUACCUCUCCACCAGUGAAGCCCAUCAUGGUUGAACGGCCUACCUCUCUACCAGUUAAGCUCAACGUGGUCGAGCAUCCCAUCUCUCCACCAGUGAAGCCCAACAUUGUUGAGUUGCUCAUCAUUCCUCCAGUGAAGCUCACCGUGUUGGAGCUGCCGAUCUCAUCACUAGUGAAGCCUGUUGUGGUUGAGCCGCUCAUCUCUCCACCAGUGAAGCCCAUUGUGGUUGAGCUGCCCACCUCUCCACCAGUGAAGCCCAUUGUGGUUGAGCUGCCCAUCUCUCCACCAGUGAAGCUCACCAUGUUGGAGCUGGCAAUCUCUACACCAGUGAAGCCCAUCAUGGUUGAGCUGCCCAUCUCUCCACCAGUGAAGCCCAUAAUUGUUGAGCUGCCAAUCUCUCCACCAGUGAAGCCCAACAUUGUUGAGCUGCGCAUCAUUCCUCCAGUGAAGCUCACCAUGUUGGAGCUGCCGAUCUCUACACCAGUGAAGUCCAUCGUGGUUGAGAUGCCCAUCUCUCCACCAGUGGAGCCCAUCGUGGUUGAGCUGCCCAUCUCUCCACCAGUGGCGCCCAACAUUGUUGAGUUGCUCAUCAUUCCUCCAGUGAAGCUCACCGUGUUGGAGCUGCCGAUCUCUCCACCAGUGAAGCCCAUCGAGGUUGAGCUUCCCAUCUCUCCACCAGUGAAGCCCAUUGUGGUUGAGCUGCCCAUCUCUCCACCAGUGAAGCCCAUCGAGGUUGAGCUUCCCAUCUCUCCACCAGUGAAGCCCAUUGUGGUUGAGCUGCCUAUCGCUCCAGUGGAAGCUGAGUUGCUUCAGAGAUUUGAGUUUGCUCCACCACUGUGGAAAAAUAAGCCACUGAAGGGUCUGACACAGCGACAUAGAAAAAGACAGAAAGACAUGGAAACUUCAGUUCCACAGGCCAUAAAUACUCAGCCUCCUCCCGCCCUAUCGGAUUACUUCCCUCCACCUACAGCGAGGAGAUGCCAAAGGGCCCAGGAUUUCUUCCCUCCACCUCCAGUGGAGCCCAUUGUAGCUGAGCUGCCCAUCUCUCCACCAGUGGAGCCCAUCGUGGUUGAGCUGCACAUCUCUCCACCAGUGAAACCUAUAAUGGUUGAGCUGCCCAUCUCUCCACCAGUGAAACCUAUAAUGGUUGAGCUGCCAAUCUCUCCACCAGUGAAUCCCAUCAUGGUUGAGCUGCCCAUCUCUCCACCAGUGAAUCCCAUCAUGGUUGAGCUGCCCAUCUCUAAACCAGUGAAUCCCAUCAUGGUUGAGCUGCACAUCUCUCCACCAGUGAAUCCCAUCAUGGUUGAGCUGCCCAUUUCUCCACCAGUGAAGCCAAUCGUGGUUGAGCCACCGAUCUUUCCACCAGUGAAGCCCAUUGUGGUUGAGCCACCAAUCUCUCCACCAGUGAAGCCCAACGUGAUCGAGCAUCCCAUCUCUCCACCAGUGAAGCCCAACAUUGUUGAGCUGCGCAUCAUUCCACCAGUGAAGCCCAUCGUGGUUGAGCUGCCCAUCUCUCCACAAGUGAAGCCCAUUUUGGUUGAGCUGCCCAUCUCUCCACCAGUGGAGCCCAUUUUGGUUGAGCUGCCCAUCUCUCCACCAGUGAAGCCCAUCGAGGUUGAGCUUCCCAUCUCUCCACCAGUGAAGCCCAUUGUGGUUGAGCUGCCUAUCACUCCAGUGGAAGCUGAGUCGCUUCAGAGAUUUGAGUUUGCUCCACCACCGUGGAAAAAUAAGCCACUGAAGGGUCUGACACAGCGACAUAGAAAAAGAGAGAAAUACAUGGAAACUUCAGUUCCACAGGCCAUAACUACUCAGCCUCCUCCCGCCCUAUCGGAUUAUUUCCCUACUACUACACCAAAGAGAUGCCAAUGGGCCCAGGAUUUCUUCCCUCCACCUCCAGUGGAGCCUAUUGUAGCUGAGCUGCCCAACUCUCCACCAGUGAGGCCAAUCAUGGUUGAUCUGCCCAUCUCUCCACCAGUGGAGCCCAUCGUGGUUGAUCUGCCCAUCUCUCCACCAGUCAAGCCCAUCGUGGUUGAGCUGCCCGUCUCUCCACUAGUCAAGCCCAUCGUGGUUGGGCUAGCCAUCUCUACACCAGCGAAGCCCAUUGUGGUUGAUCUGCCCAUUUCUCCACCAGUGAAGCCCAUCGUUGUUUAUCAGCCCAUCUCACCACCAGUGAAGCACAUCACGGUUGAGCUGCCCAUCUUUCCACCUGUGAACCACCAGGAUCAACCUGAUCAAUGGGCCAACUGGGGAAUAGAGGCUGGUUCUUCUCAGAUUGUCGAUGCUCCUGCCUAUCUCCCCCUCCCUACUUCCUCUGAUGUCCCUCAGCAGAGUCCACAGGAACAGCCUGGAGUCCUCACAGAAUCCCCUGAGCUUCUUGCAAACGUUGGGACUCUUAAGGAGAUGAUUGAGAUUGCAUGGCAGAAGUGUCAGGAGUACCAAUCUAAGUUCUUCAUGUGGUAUUGUCCCAUCUUUCCUUCAGUGAAGCCCAUCGUUGUUGAUCGGCCCAUCUCUCCACCAGUGGAGCACAUCAUGUUUGAGCUGCCCAUCGUUCCACCAGUGAAACCCAUCGUGGUGGAGCAUCCUAUCUCUCCACCAGUGGAGUCCAUUGUGGUUGAGCUGCCCAUCUCUCAACCAUUGAAGCCCAUCUUGGUUGAGCUGCCCAACUCUCCACCAGUGAAGCACGUCAUGUUUGCGCUGCCUAUCGCUGCAGUGGAAGCUGAGUCGCUUCAGAGAUUUGAUGGUCUGACACAGCGACAUAGAAAAAGACAGAAAGACAUGGAAACUUCAGUUCCACAGGCCAGAACAACUCAGCCUCGUCCCGCCCUAUCGGAUUUCUUCCCUCCACCUCCAGUGGAACCCAUCGUGGUUGAACUGCCCAUUUCUCCACCAGUGAAGCACGCCAUGUUUGAGCUGCCCAUCUGUCCAGUGGAAGCUGAGUCUCUUCAGAGAUUUGAGGGUUACCAAACGGCCCAAAAUGGAGUUAACCCAUAUUCAAUGAGAGCAGUAACAGGUGCUCCAAUGGGCAAAUACCCAGGUUAUCCAUGUACAACUACCAAAGCUGGGUCUGGAAUAUCAGACGCUGCCCUGGUUCACAUGCUCAGACUUCUCUCACCGAUGUGAAUGCCAAAAGAUGAUGGUGGAUGGAACUCUGCUGGGGAUCACAUGUCCACGCCUGGGACUCCCUUCUACAUGGGAAGGGAGUCCCAGGACUGGACCUUUAAAGCCCUUUAAGGUACUACAUGACUUAAUCCAGCUCAUCUUUUUGACACAACAAUCCAAAUUAAUCUAUUUCAGUAAAUGUAAUUCCAGAGGUUGAUAUACUGUAAGUGCACGUUUUCAACAUUAAAGUAUGUUUGUGGUAAGAGAUGUCACAAACUUUCUCUUUCUCCCAUAAGCUAUUUUGCCUGUGUAACGCUCGUCUUCCUCCUCGUCUGAGGAGGAGCAAGGAUCGGACGAAUAUGCAGCGUGGUUUGAAUACAUACUUAUUUAUUAUUAUAAACGAAGACGGAAAAACACUUAAACAAACUACAAAACAAUAAACGACGUGAACAGACCUGAACUUGAGAACAUAUAAAAAUGAACGCACGAACAGGAAGGAACAAACAAAACGAAACAGUACCGUGUGGCGAACAAACACAGACACAGCAACAAUCACCCACAAACAAACAAUGAGAACAGCCUACCUUAAUAUGGUUCUCAAUCAGAGGAAACGUAAAACACCUGCCCCUGAUUGAGAACCAUAUCAGGCUAAUUAAAAAUGAACCGAACAUAGAAACACAUAACAUACAAUGCCCACCCCAACUCAUGCCCUGACCAUACUAAACAAAGACAAAACAAAGGAAAUAAGGUCAGGAAC